AAAUUCCCCUCCCAUCUCCUUCCUCUCCCUCCCCCGGAAGAAGAAUCCUCUCUACAUCUCUCCACUGCUUCUUCUUCUUCUACCUUGGAUCAUACAGAUGACGUCAUCAAUGGCGGAUCAUCAGGAGGAGGGGGAGGUGUUGAGGCGUGGGCCGUGGACGGUGGAGGAGGACCUGACGCUGAUGAACCACGUGGCGGAGCACGGGGAAGGGCGGUGGAACGCGGCGGCGCGUGCGGCGGGGCUGCGGCGGACGGGGAAGAGCUGCCGGCUCCGGUGGCUCAACUACCUCCGGCCCGACGUCAAGCGCGGCGACUUCUCCGCCCACGAGCAGCUCCGGAUCCUCGACCUCCACUCCCGCUGGGGCAACCGGUGGUCGAAGAUCGCGGCGCAGCUGCCGGGGCGGACGGACAACGAGAUCAAGAACUACUGGCGGACGCGGGUGCAGAAGCACGCCAAGCAGCUCAACUGCGACGCCGGCAGCAAGGCCUUCAACGACGCCAUGAGGUACCUCUGGAUGCCGCGCCUCGCCGAGCGCGCCGCCGCCGCCGACAUCGCCGCCAGCUCGUGCCUCCACAGCAACAACAACAACAGCACCACCGCCACCUCCAGCGGCGGCGGCGGCUUAUCUCCCUCCGUCGUCCCCGGCGCCGGCGCCGGCAUGUCCUGUCUCGAUCAUCGUCAGAACACUACGGGCGGCAUCUCCCCCGGAGCCGGGAGCGCGGUCACUACCAGCUGCUGCAGGUCGACCUCGUCGACUGGCUCGUCGUCGGAGCUCAGCCAGGAGCAGCAGCAGCUGCUGCUCCAUGGCGGCGGCGGCGGAGGCGAGAGCAGCUGGAUGAUGCAGGAAGUGGACGACCACGAGUUCUGGGCUGCGCACAUGCAGAUCCAGCCGGAGCAGUUCAUUGAUGUCGACCAGGAGAUCAGCGGCUGGGUGCAGGGCUUCUCCGACAUGGUCGCCGACGGUGGCUGCGGCGUCUCAGGCUCGGCGGCGGCGGGGGAGGAGAACAGCCUCUGGAGCCUGGAGGACAUCUGGAAGAUGCAAUGAGCUUAUAAUUCCUCUCCGGUUAUUAUUAUUAAUUGCGGAACAAUUUCAUUUCAUACUUGUGUGACCAAAGUCAUACAGAGAAAAGGAAAGAGAGGAUGCGAUAUGGAUGGCAAAGUUGAUUAAUCAACCAAUUAGUUUAUGUUCUUAAUUUAGUGCUAACUUUACUAGCUAGUGAUAUAUACACUGCUAGGCAUGCGUACUGCAUGCAUGACUGUAAGUGUAAGACGAGACACACUUGAUGUUUGUUCUUAUUGUAUCUUGUUCUUUUUUCGGUGUCUUUUUUCCCCAUUAAGGGUUGUUUUGCCUUGUAUGGCUCUGUAAUACUAUAAGGCCGAAAGAAGAAAGAUGACAAUAUAUUGUUGAUAUGGAUA